CUCUUCCUCGCUGCCUAACGCGGCGGGAGUUCAGAGCGCCGGAGGCGGCGAGCAGCCAGGGGCAGCUCUCAUUGUUCUGCUCGGAAGCUGUCCGCUCCGUGGCUGCCGCGUUUGUCUCGAUGGCUGCCGCUCAGGAACCACGUCCCACCUGAGAGCUAGCGGGAAGUUUGCUGGGGUGGGCUUGUACCGUUUUCCUCGGAGGUUCCCGUGGUGUGCGUGGGGAGCGUUCGUGGAUCCCGGAGCAGGAACAAGAGGGAUCGGAACGUGGGUUCUUCGUCUUGACGUUCUACACACACACACACACACACCAUCAUGUCUGAGUUAGCAGAGAAGCCGUCCACCGCCGGACAAAGGCUGAGCGCCCCUGAAAGCUUUGGUGUGUCCACCCUGGAGCCAGGCCUGCGUCCUCCAACCCAGCCUCCAGGCAGACAAGUCUCCUUUAGGGUCCAGAUGCUGGACGACACACAGGAAGUCUUCCAGAUAUCGCAACGCUCACCUGGUAAAGUCCUGUUUGACCUGGUUUGUGUCCAUCUCAACCUGACUGAAGGGGACUACUUUGGACUGGAGUACCAGGACCACCGGAAGAUGAUGGUGUGGCUGGAUCUCCUGAAGCCGACACUGAAGCAGAUCAGACGGCCCAAGAACACCAUCCUGCGCUUGGUGGUGAAGUUCUUCCCUCCCGACCACACACAGCUCAUGGAGGAGCUGACUCGGUAUUUGUUUGCCCUGCAGAUCAAACGCGACCUGGCCUGUGGCCGUUUGAUUUGCAACGACACCAGUGCUGCUCUCAUGGUUUCACACAUCAUUCAGUCUGAGAUUGGAGACUUUGAUGAGACACAGAGCUGGCAGCAUCUCCUCCACAACAAGUACCUACCGGACCAGGACGCCAUCAGAGACUUGAUUAUAGACUGCCACCGCAAGCAUGUCGGACAGACUCCAGCUGAAUCUGACUAUCAGCUGCUGGAAAUCGCCCGGCGGCUGGAGAUGUACGGCGUGCGUCUGCAUCCUGCCAAGGACCGAGAGGGCACCAAACUCAGCCUGGCCGUGGCGCACACCGGGGUCCUGGUCUUCCAGGGCUACACAAAAAUAAACGCCUUCAAUUGGUCCAAGAUCCGGAAACUGAGCUUCAAACGAAAACGCUUUCUGAUCAAGCUGAGAUCCGACCCCGGUCAGAAUUCCCAUCACGACACGCUGGAGUUUGCCAUGGCCAGCAGGGACUGCUGCAAGAUAUUCUGGAAGAUCUGUGUGGAAUAUCACGCCUUCUUCAGGCUCUUUGAAGAGCCUAAGCCUAAACCCAAACCUAUCAUCUUCACCAGGGGGUCCUCAUUCCGUUUCAGUGGUCGAACCCAGAAGCAGGUCUUCGACCACCUGAAAGACUCGGAACUGAAGAGAGUUCCUUUUGAGAGGAAACACAGUAAGAUUCUGUCCAACAGUAGCGUGACCCCCCAGUCUACUUCCUGGAGAUCCCAUGAGCCAAAAGAGAACAUUGCUUCGGCGCUCCUAGCAGACCAACUGGACUCAGUCCGCCUGGGCCAGGAGGUUAAAUCUACUGGCUCAGAGGACGUCGCCCCUCCUACCAACGGUUUCCAUGACAACACAGUUGGCUCAGGCUCCGCCCAGCAGAACCACGCAAGCCAGCAGCUCCUGAACCCAGCCUCACAAACUUUCAGCUCGGCAGACUCUCCGCAGGAAAGACCCCACAUUGUGGUUAAUGGGCUGGAGACUGCCAUCGCUGGAGUCCUGGGACAGAAUCCAGAGGGACAGCAGCUGUCGCCACUGACAAGUCCGCUGCUCACCGAGGCGGGAUACAUCCGCAACGAUGACGAAGAGGAAGCAAGGAGGAAGAAGUUUCCCACUGAUAAGGCCUACUUCAUCGCCAAAGAGCUGCUGACCACAGAGCGGACCUACCUCAAAGACCUGCAGGUCAUCACAGAGUCGUUCCAGAAAGCUGCAGAGAAAGAAGAAGCCUUCCCAGACUCCGUGAGGACCCUGAUAUCCAGCCACUAUGAUCCGGUCUACAGGUUCCACCUGGGCUUCCUUAAGGAGACAGAUCAGCGGCUGGCCCAGUGGGAGGGCCGCUCCAACGCUCACAUCAAAGGAGACUAUCAGCGUAUCGGUGAUGUUUUACUGAAGAACAUCCAGGGCCUGAGGACGCUAACGGCCCACCUGCAGAAGCACCCCGAGUGUCUGGUGGAGCUGGAGCGGGCUGUCAGGACGAGCCGGAAGGUGGAAAGCUUAUGCCGAGACUUUGAGCAGCAGAGGGUUUGCUACCUGCCCCUCUACAUCUUCCUUCUCAGGCCUCUCCACCGCCUGCUGCACUACAAACUCAUCCUGGAGAGGCUCUGCAAGCACUACCCCCCCACCCACGAGGACUUCAGGGACAGCCGCGCGGCGCUGGCGGAGAUCUCUGAGAUGGUUCUGCAGCUUCAGGGCAUCAUGGUGAAGAUGGAGAACUUCCAGAAGCUCCUGGAGCUGAAGAAGGAUCUGACCAGCAUCGAUAACCUGGUCGUCCCUGGGCGGGUUCGCAUCUUUUUCCAUGACUUGUGGAUUUAUUUGAGCUGCAGUUUCCGUUCUGACCUGAUGUUUGACCCUCAGGAGUUCAUCCGCUUGGGCUGUCUCAGCAAGCUGUCAGGAAAAGGUCUCCAGCAGAGGAUGUUCUUCCUGUUCAGCGACUGCCUGAUGUACACCAGCAGAGGCACGACGGCGUCCAACCAGUUCAAGGUCCACGGCCAGCUGCCUCUCUACGGCAUGUCGAUCAGAGACGGUGAGGACGAGUGGGGCGUCCCUCACUCGUUCACGCUGCUGGGACCGCGCCAGUCGGUGGUGGUGGCAGCCAGCUGCGGGACGGAGAUGGAGCGUUGGGUGGAGGACAUCAGAAUGGCCAUCGAUCUGGCAGAGCAGAGCAGCGUCUCCAACACCGAGCUGCUGUCCACCAGUCCCCAGGACAAGAAGCUUUUAGAGGAUGCUGGAGCUGAGCUGGAGUCGGGGGAGGAGCUGUCCGGUUCACGCUCGUCCCUGGAGCGCCAGAGUCACCGUGGCAACACGACCGUGCACGUCUGCUGGCACCGUAACACCAGCGUGUCCAUGGUGGACUUCAGCGUAGCCGUGGAGAACCAGCUCUCCGGAAACCUGCUGAGGAAGUUUAAGAACAGCAACGGCUGGCAGAAGCUCUGGGUGGUCUUCACCAACUUCAGCCUGUUCUUCUACAAAUCUCACCAGGAUGAGUACCCUCUGGCCAGCCUCCCUCUUCUGGGGUACUCAGUCACUGUUCCGGCCGAGUCGGAGAACAUCCACAAAGAUUACGUCUUCAAGCUCCACUUCAAAUCCCACGUGUACUACUUUAGGUCGGAGAGCGAGUACACCUUUGAAAGGUGGAUGGAGGUGAUCCGGAGCACCACCUGCUCCACCAGCCGCUCCCCGCUGAGCUCCAGGAAAGACCUUUACGGGUGACUCCGCCCCCUCAGCAGAAACUCGUUAAACACUAAUCGAUGAACUUUAUCUUCACUGCCUGAAUAUUUUUCACUAUUGUUUUUUCUGGCUGUUGUGUUUGGAGCAGCUGAGAUGAGGUGCACGUGGGGAGUGGUGUGCACGUGAACACACUGCUAAUGUCUGAGUAGGUGAAAGGUGACACACACUUUUACACACUCCGCUCUUCCUUGUACAGUAUUUUGAUACACUGUGAAGCUUCCUUGUGGUUGGUCGAAGACGACGAACCAGAUUAAACUCUUCCGAUCUGCUUCCAAA